AUGGCUGAUGUGAUUGGAGGCUGGGAUUUACCUGUUUACUUCUGUCAUUUGCUUUAUGAUUUUUUUAAUAACCUGCAGUUCCCAGUGGGUAGGAUUCACCGUCUACUUAAGUCAAGGACAACAUCUCAUGGGAGAGUAGGAGCCACUGCUGCUGUAUAUUCUGCUGCUAUCCUGGAGUAUUUGACUGCGGAAGUGUUGGAAUUGGCUGGAAAUGCAAGCAAGGAUCUUAAGGUCAAACGAAUCACUCCCAGGCAUUUGCAGCUAGCCAUCCGUGGUGAUGAAGAGCUCGAUACGCUGAUCAAAGGAACCAUUGCUGGUGGAGGUGUGAUUCCUCAUAUCCACAAGUCUCUUAUCAACAAAUCAUCCAAGGAAUAGUUUCCAAACUGAGCGACAAGUCUUGUGUUGAUAUAGACCCUCUUUCCUAUAACCAGAACCAUGGAUUUGCUCCUCUUUGCUGCUGUAAAAGUAGGUCUCGGGUCUGGCAUGUCUGUGUUUGUUCUGUUGGCACUUCUGCUUUAUUUUCUUUUUUAUUUGCUGGACUUGUGAACGCUUGAAUCAGUAAAUGUUGUGGAUAACUGGAUUUUUUCACAGAGAACAGUAUUUGGUUCGCUUACCAGAUUUAAUUAGUCAUAGGGGGGUUAUAUGUAUUAUGCAUGGUGAUCUAGAGACACUUUGCCUUGUUUGUAGGACAGAUUUUUCCUUUACAAAAAAUGUUAAAUUAGAUUUCAUCCUCUUGGAUCUGACUCAGUUAAA